AGAGAGAGAGAGAGAGAGAGAGGCUGUCCUGAUGCUGCUUCUUGAUGCAUCAGUGCUGUGACCGGGGUCCGUUAUUGUCACGUCGUGUGGAGCCAUUAUUCAUCACUCAGAGCCCUUCACGAGGAUAAAGACAAAUCUCUGCCGACAUGGGGAAAGUGGAAGGAGGGAUGAAGUGUGUGAAAUACCUUUUGUUCGUCUUCAACUUCACAUUCUGGUUGAUGGGAUCAUUUGUCCUGGCAGUGGGACUCUGGCUGCGUUUCGACCCAGAAACUGUGUCUCUGCUCAACGGGGACAAAGCUCCAGACACCUUCUUCAUUGGUGUCUAUAUACUGAUUGGUGCCGGCAGCCUAGUGAUGUUGGUGGGUUUCUUCGGCUGCUGUGGAGCUGUGCGGGAAUCUCAGUGCCUGCUUGGUUCAUUCUUUGCCUGCUUGUUGAUCAUCUUCGGAGCUGAGGUGGCAGCAGGAGUGUUUGGAUUCUUAAACAAAGACAAGAUAAUCGAAGACGUUCAGACCUUCUACUCAACAACGUACAACGAGGACAAUAACAGCACUUUGAUCGUCUCAUACCAGAAAAUACUGAAUUGUUGUGGAACCUCCGCAGACCCCUGCCCUGAUUCCCAACCCGAUACCAAGGACUGUGAGACGGGCAUCAAGGAAUUCUUCAACAGUAAACUCUACAUCAUCGGGUACGUGGGCAUCGGCAUCGCUGGAGUCAUGAUCAUUGGGAUGAUCUUCAGCAUGGUUCUCUGUUGUGCCAUCCGCAACACCAGGGAGGUCAUAUAAGCUGGAUCCUCGACGUCUACCCCCUCACCCUUACUUUGCCGAGCCCCGAGAGACUGUACAGCCUUCAGAUCAAAUGUCGUGCCCUGUCCAUCACGUACGGGGACCCAGGAAAUUGAUCAUGUUCUGAAAAACUCCAUUCCACUACGGUGGCCUGAUCUCUAUUCUCUCUUUAUUUAUUUGCUGUCACAAGCCAAGUAGCUGACUCCACCUUCCAUAACACUCCGAUAACACUUAGACCUUUGACACAUCCUGGGGGAACUGCAUAUUUUCUGAUUCCGCCCGGACAACCUGUCCGAUUGUUUUUCCUGAGGCCAUUUGGCCGGCGCUACAAAUUUUAACCCACAUGCUGUCGCCAAAGUGUCAAUGCUUUUUCACACAUCCUUGAAACUGACCCAGUGGCUGUGGGAAACUUAAACCAGAGAGGGCAAUCUGAGGUCAAACCAGCUGAGUUUGCUUAUCUGUGCGCACACAAAUCAAGACACACACACACACACACACACACACACAUACCUAAACACAGCAAUGUUGUGCUACGCGAGACCACAGCCUUAAAAAGGUUGACUGGCCCGUAGGUUCCUGAUUGGUGGAAUCAGAGUGGAGUGUCAGGAGGGGGAACGGCCAGCGAAUGUUUUGAGAAUACAUCGUAGCCCCAGUGAUCAUACUCACACUCACACACACACUCACACACACACACACCAAGGAAAAUCCACAGUUUUUUAAAAGGAAAAAGUUACUUUUUUAGGAGAUACUCUUGCGCACUUUCUUGCUCAGCAGAUGAGAGAUUAGAAGAUCGAUAGCACCUUCAUGUCUAUAUCAUAAAUAUGAAGCUACAGUCUGGUGAGCUUGGCUAAACACAGAGACUGGAGACAGUGGUCUGUUUCUGCGUAGCUGUUUCCCCCAGUGUCAGAUUUUCACUCAAAGCUCACCAGCUGAUAGCUGCUGCCUUAUAUCCAGCAUCCAGCUGUCAAUCUCUUCUUCUGACUCUUGGCAAGAAAGCACCGGCUAUUUCCCAAGAAGUCCAAUCAUUUCUUUUAAAUGACUAUACCCCUGGGUUUUGCCUGUUUGAGCCCAUUUUCUACAAAUCAUGCACAGUUCACAUUUUAAGAUGAGACCAAUAUUUAGAUGAGAUUUUCACGAUAACGCAACUCAAGUAUGUUGCAGGAAAUAUUAGUGGAAAAAGCUACAUCAGGAUUGAACAUAUUCAUGAUUUUAAUGUGGCUGUUUGAGGGCGAUACCCCUUUCUAGUUCCAACCCCUUAUGCACUAUAACAUAGGAGAGUCUCUGUUGGCUAUACAGUAUGUCAAGAGGACCCAGAUCAUGAUUUCACGCUAAACAACGAAUAGCCAGUCAGCUGAGAAUUAUCCAGGCCUUCUGAUCGCUUCACCUGCCAUCAUCAUGUGCUCCCCCCCCUUUCCUGUGUGCCUUACAAGUACACCAACAACAACAGAAAUCCAGGAAACCAUCCCCUGUGUUCGUUUCACCUUAAUAACCUCUGCAGAUAUCAGGGCUGGAUAGAGAUGCCCAUGAAUCCAGGGUUAAUCAGGCCACCGUUUGAAUUUGAUCAGUUUAUUCCAAGUGUCAGGACUCUGGUUUGUGAAUAUGUUUCAGUUUCAUUUUUUUGGUAGAUGUACAUUGUUUGUGGCUGAUGUAACUGUUACUAUUUAACAUGCUGUGUGUGUAGACAGAGGCUUGAAGUAGAUGUACAGUGUUGUAGUAAAGUCAGUGUAGUCCAAACAGACCCACGCAGCCAACACCUGUUUCUUAACGUGCCUUUCUUUGAUACCAAGCUAUUUCUUUUUUUUAACAACAGGCUGUCGGAACCUAGCAGAAGUGUAUAUAUAUGUUUGUAGAGUCGGACUGCAAUUAAAUCGGCGAGUAUCGCAUAUGGCUCGACUUUCCUCUUUUGAUGCGUCACACUCGAACUGUUUCUUCUUGAGAGCAACAGUUUCUCUUCCAGCUAUUUCAAAAGCCUCUUGGUGCUGAUCAAAAUCUAUUCUGGGCCCUCAGAACAAAGCUGAGUCCAGAUGAUGAAACCAUAUGGGACAAAAGCACUCGAGAAUAAUACUUUCACUUUUUUUUUGUACGUUUCCGUGUGAUGUAACACACUUGAUGAGAGACAACAAAGGCCUCCUUACCACUUCAAGCUGUUGGCAAUAUUUACUCUGAGGACUGAGAUGACACAACAGUCUGCAAACAAAACAGGAUAAACGAGGAAAAGUUACUCGAUCUUCAUUGGUGUUGCUGUGUUCCUCAUAUUAAGCAAAUCUGGAGAUGUAAUGUAGGUGCAUCGAAAAGACAUAGUUGGUUGUGUGUUAAUUUAUUUUAAUACCAUUCCAGGCUUCUCAGGAAGAUCGGUGAUUGAAGUUCAAUAAAUUGUUUAAAGUUUUA